GUACAAGCCUGCGUUGAACGUGUUCAUUUUGACUAGGGUUUCUUAACUUUAUCAGCUUCCCGCUCUAUAUAUACAGCUUUACCACUUUCCUUCCAACCUAGGUUUAUUUUUGCAGCCGCGAAAUAUUUACGAAGUUCUACCGCCAUGGGGAGAAGACCUGCAAGGUGUUAUCGACAGAUAAAAAACAAACCUUACCCGAAGUCACGUUAUUGUCGUGGUGUUCCUGAUCCCAAGAUUAGGAUUUAUGAUGUGGGAAUGAAAAAGAAGGGUGUGGAUGAGUUCCCUUUCUGUGUUCACUUGGUCUCUUGGGAGAAGGAAAAUGUCUCUAGUGAAGCUCUGGAAGCUGCUCGUAUUGCUUGCAACAAGUAUAUGGCUAAGUAUGCUGGAAAGGAUGCCUUCCACUUGCGAGUCCGUGUUCACCCAUUCCAUGUCUUGCGUAUCAACAAAAUGCUUUCAUGUGCUGGAGCUGAUAGGCUCCAAACUGGUAUGCGAGGUGCUUUUGGCAAGCCUCAGGGAACAUGUGCUAGAGUAGCCAUUGGUCAGGUCCUCCUUUCAGUUCGUUGCAAGGACAGCAACAGUCAUCAUGCUCAAGAGGCCCUCCGACGUGCUAAGUUCAAGUUCCCUGGUCGCCAAAAGAUUAUUGUCAGCAGGAAGUGGGGUUUCACGAAGUUCAACCGAACUGAUUAUUUGAAAUAUAAGUCAGAGAAUCGCAUUGUCCCUGAUGGUGUUAAUGCUAAGCUCCUUGGAUGUCAUGGACCUCUAGCCAAUCGGGAGCCAGGAAGAGCAUUCCUCCAUGCUGCCGUUUAAGAUCUGACGAUCCUCAACAAGUUGGCUGAGUCUUAACAGUUAUCUUAUUCACUCUUUUUGUUGAAAGAACAUUUGUUUUGUUUAAUGCUUAGUGUAAUUGCCCAUAGACUACUAUGUUCAAGUAUGUUUUUACUUGAAAUCUUUUGAAGUGUUUGGUUCAUUGUGGAUUUUUCUACUUUAUAAUGCAUUUUAUCGGAAACAGUUUUGGUUGCUCA